CUGAAACCGCGGGAGGAGGAAGCGCGGAAUCAGGAACUGGCCGGGGGUCGGCGCGGGGCUUGAGUCGGUCCACGGCCGCUCCAGGAGCAGCUACCCGCGCCGGACACCAUUAUGGGCUUCUCCUCAGAGCUGUGCAGCCCCCAGGGCCAUGGGGCAGUGCAGCAGAUGCAGGAAGCAGAGCUUCGCCUGUUGGAGGGCAUGCGGAAGUGGAUGGCCCAGAGGGUCAAGAGUGACCGGGAAUAUGCAGGACUUCUUCACCACAUGUCCCUGCAGGACAGCGGAGGCCAGAGCCGGAGUAGCGGCCCUGACAGCCCUGUCAGCCAGUCAUGGGCAGAGAUCACCAGCCAGACAGAGGGUCUGAGCCGGGUGCUACGGCAGCAUGCAGAAGAUCUGAACUCAGGGCCCCUGAGCAAGCUGAGCCUCCUGAUCAGGGAGCGGCAGCAGCUGCGCAAGACCUACAGUGAGCAGUGGCAGCAACUGCAGCAGGAGCUCACCAAGACCCACAACCAGGACAUCGAGAAGCUAAAAAGCCAAUACCGAGCCCUGGCCCGGGACAGUGCCCAGGCCAGGCGUAAAUACCAAGAGGCCAGCAAAGACAAGGACCGUGACAAGGCCAAAGACAAGUAUGUGCGCAGCCUUUGGAAACUCUUUGCCCAUCACAACCGCUAUGUGCUUGGUGUGCGGGCUGCGCAGCUGCACCACCAGCACCACCACCAGCUCAUGCUGCCUAGCUUGCUGCAGUCGCUGCAGGACCUACACGAGGAGAUGGUGCACAUCCUGAAGGAGAUUCUACAGGAAUACCUGGAGAUUAGCAGUCUGGUGCAGGAUGAGGUGGUCACUAUUCACCGGGAGAUGGCUGCAGCUGUUGCCCGCAUCCAGCCGGAGGCUGAGUACCAAGGCUUCCUACAGCAGUAUGGGUCUGCCCCUGACAUCCCACCCUGUGUCACCUUUGAUGAGUCGUUGCUUGAGGAGGGUGAACAGCUGGAGCCUGGGGAGCUGCAACUGAACGAGCUAACUGUGGAGAGUGUGCAGCACACACUGACCUCUGUGACAGAUGACCUGGCUGUGGCCACUGAGACUGUGCUGAACCGAAAGGAGGUGGUCAGUCAGCUGCAGCAUGAGCUCCAGAGUGAGGAGCAGAACACUCACCCCCGGGAGCGGGUGCAGCUGUUAGGCAAGAAGCAGGCACUGCAGGAGGCGCUGCAGGGGCUGCAGGUAGCACUGUGUGGCCAAGCCAAGCUACAGGCCCAGCAGGAGCUGCUGCAGACCAAGCUGGAGCAGCUGGGCCCUGGCGAGCCCCCAGCCGUGCUGCUCCUGCAGGAUGACCGCCAUUCCACCUCAUCCUCGGAGCAGGAGCGAGAGGGGGGAAGGACACCUACGCUGGAGAUCCUUAAGAGCCACUUCUCAGGAAUCUUCCGCCCCAAGUUCUCGGAGUCCUGGCUGCAGAUGCCCCCAAAUCCUGCUACCCCUGUACUCCUUCCACCCACCACCCCGGUGUACUGCAGGGACCAGCAGCUUUGGUUAACCCAGUGCUCUACUUGCUCCAGAAGUGGGCAGGGACCUCUGUGGCCUGGAGGAAAAGGCACCAGUUUGGUUUGGGACUGCCAGUCUGGGCUUCCCAUCCCAGUUCUUCCCCAGAGUGAUCCAAGGGCCCACAGAUGGCUCUGUGUGCCACUCCCUGUGGUUCUUCCCCCACCGCUACAGCUUGUUCCAGAGGUGCAGAAGCCCCUGCAUGAGCAGCUAUGGUACCAUGGGGCCAUCCCGCGGGCAGAGGUGGCUGAGCUGCUGACACACUCUGGGGACUUUCUGGUGCGGGAGAGCCAGGGCAAGCAGGAGUAUGUGCUCUCAGUGCUGUGGGAUGGCCAGCCCCGGCACUUCAUCAUCCAGUCCUUGGACAACCUGUACCGGUUAGAAGGGGAUGGCUUCCCUAGCAUCCCAUUGCUCAUUGACCACCUGCUGUGCUCCCGGCAGCCCCUCACCAAGAAGAGCGGUGUUGUCCUGUACAGGCCUGUGCCCAAGGACAAGUGGGUACUGAACCAUGAGGACCUGGUGUUAGGCGAGCAGAUUGGGCGGGGGAACUUCGGUGAAGUAUUCAGUGGACGCCUGAGAGCUGAUAAUACUCUGGUGGCAGUGAAAUCUUGUCGAGAGACACUCCCCCCUGACCUCAAGGCCAAGUUUCUGCAGGAAGCAAGGAUCCUGAAGCAGUACAGCCACCCCAACAUUGUGCGUCUCAUUGGUGUCUGCACCCAGAAGCAACCCAUCUACAUUGUCAUGGAGCUUGUGCAGGGAGGAGAUUUCCUGACCUUCCUGCGGACAGAGGGAGCCCGCCUGAGGGUGAAGACUCUGCUGCAGAUGGUGGGGGAUGCAGCUGCAGGCAUGGAAUACUUAGAAAGCAAGUGUUGCAUCCACCGGGACUUGGCUGCUCGAAACUGCCUGGUGACAGAGAAGAACGUUCUGAAGAUCAGUGAUUUUGGGAUGUCCCGAGAGGAAGCUGAUGGAAUCUAUGCAGCCUCAGGGGGUCUCAGACAAGUCCCAGUGAAGUGGACCGCACCGGAGGCCCUUAACUAUGGCCGCUACUCCUCUGAGAGUGAUGUAUGGAGCUUUGGCAUCUUGCUCUGGGAGACCUUUAGCCUGGGGGCCUCGCCCUAUCCCAACCUCAGCAAUCAGCAAACACGAGAGUUUGUGGAAACGGGGGGUCGCCUGCCCUGCCCAGAGCUGUGCCCUGAUGCUGUGUUCAGGCUCAUGGAGCAGUGCUGGGCCUAUGAGCCUGGGCAGCGACCCAGCUUCAGCACCAUCUACCAGGAGCUGCAGAGCAUUCGAAAGCGGCAUCGAUGAGGCUGGGACCCCCUUCUCAAGCCAGUGGCUUCUUCAGGCAAGAGUGUAUCUCCUCGGCAGCUCCCGUUCAUACUGUUGAACAGCUCUCCAUGUUCUUGCACUCCAGUCACCAGCAGCUGUGCUGUGAGAAGUAUGCAGCCCUGUGUUGGCUCUGUGUCCCUGCUCUUGCCAGGGCUUCCUCUCCCAGGAAGAAAUAAUAAAACCACUUUUAUCCAUCCAGUA